CUCAUGUAGUUCCCACGGAUACAACAUCAAGGACUCGGACAUUCACUGAUAGUGACUUUAGGCGGCAAGCUUUGUGCUGGCGUUGACAAAUCUGGAGUUUGUUUCCUUCCGCUCAGCUUUACAGCUCUUUUGCAUGAACAUCCACACAGAAGGCAGUGUCUUGAACAUACCAAGACGCCUUCAAAAUGCAUCAUUCCUCAGGCUACAUAAGGUCAAAUAGUGUCUCGAUGUAGACCCCCUCCGCAUUUGUGGAAUUUGGUCUAAUACUAGUAUGGUAUUUUAAUACUUUCAUCGGUUCACUGACGCUGACUCGUUUCACUCAUUGCCAGGAUGUCAAUUCAUCAAGUGUUCCACUUAGAGAUACAGACUGCUUUCAACUUGACACAAACAAAAGUAUGGUUUUCGCUAUAUAGUAGAGUUUUUGACCCUAUACUUUCACAGAUAGUAGAAUUGUUCAACAACAUCAAGGUCAAGUUUGACUAUUACGAAGUCAUCAAUGAUACCCCGACACGCGAAAGCUUUGCCAAGGUUGUUGAGAGAAUCGAAACUCUACUGUAAGUGCGGCAGGCUCAUCCCAACCUGCACUCAUGCCCGAUCAAGGCAGAAGAAGAGUGUCUUUCCGGACGGAGAUGCACUGACAGUCAGCUACCAAGGCACGAACUUUGAACUCGAAACCCUUUUUGACCUCGUUGGCUGGAUCUUUUCUGUAACCGGACAGACUCCCAACAAUGCCACCUCGGCCAAUUACUACUAUCCUUUGGUAAUUCUUUACUGCCAGUGGUGUCGGACGUUGUGCGCCAACGAAAAGAAGGAGCCGCAGAUGGUGCAAAUCACAUGGUUCCCUGAAGGGAGCACCAAGCGAGUUUGCCUUGGAAGUAAUCUGGAUAAGCCCAAGAGAACUCGUAAAGAUGCAGCGAGAAUAAAGAGAUUUGAUAGGCUUCUCAAGGACAAUUUGGCCAAAGAAGAUGAAAGGGAGAAGAGUUAUGUGGGUGAUGGUGGGCAGCUCAUCGGGCAUUGCGCAGAGUCGUUUCCAGCGUUAUUCAUUAAGUCGCUUGGGAACAAAGUGACGCUGGCAGAUGUCAGAGGUGUUGCUGUCAAACCAUUCAAGGCUCUCAGCAGUGAGGUGGCCAACAAGUUCGCUGUCCCAGAUACAGAGGCGCGCAAGGAGUUGCUCGAGGACCCGUGCAACAAUUGUAAAGUCGUCCUUCCACGCUUGGGCAGUCACAUAAACUUGGACAAUUUUAGCAUACUUAAGCUUUAACUGUCAGUACUGUAUUGGCGCCUGUAACACCCGGACUUCCGUACCUCCAAGCCUGAGCGUGCAAGUAGUAGGCUUAUAUGUAACUGUGCUGGAGAAAUCUGUGCAAUAUGAUCAAUGUGAUACUGUCUUGAUGAUCUGCGUUCAGGUAGUCCCACAAUGGUUCGAAGUAGUAUUUCGAAGUUUUCGUAUCAGUCACCUCGAUGUUAGCUGGGGCCUUGAG